GCCACGUCUCCACAGAGUCUGGUGUCGCUUGAUGACGCUGGGAGAGUACAGAGCCUUGAUAUAAACCAGCCAUUUGUGGUCCACAUCCUGGGCGGCUUUCCAUUAGAAAUACAUUAGGAGACGAUUCAAAACAAGACCUUUGUUUCGGUAGGAAUCUUGCAAAUAGGAAGAAGGAAUAAUACUAGUAUUUGUCCUAGUCGUUGCUAUAGUAACAUAAAUUUUAACCGUAAAGUACUAAGUAGGUAUGAGGAUACAUUGAAGACGUCAACAUAGUGAAAUCUAAUUUGUGAAACAGGCACAUUGUUUUGUGUUCUUUGUGGUGUAACAGCGAUUCGGAUCAUUCUUUUUGUAGAAAGCCUUUAACGUCCUACAAGAGGAACUCUCCAGUAAAGAAACAAUCAAGAGACAAGCUACGUAGGUUAGAACAUUUUGGGUUUAGAGAUUAGGGCUCUAUUUCUGGUCGUUGUUGUUGUUGUUGUUGUCAUUUGCUGACGUCAGCACCACGGCUUCUGUGAAGUAACACCAUCGGGGUCAGCUCAGUCCACUCCUUGUGCUGUGGACGUUGUCGCUUAGCAUGGUCAGUCUGUCGCCACUAUGGGUCAGUAACCUACUGUUGUCAGUGUGUAUACUAGGAUGGGUCAUCCCUGGACACAGCAAGGAGUUUGAUGUGUCCACUAACCACUGGCUCGUGGAGCUCACACACGACGCCGGGGAAGAAGUGGCCCGGCGCGUGGCCCGAGAUACCGGAUUCACUUACGUUGGCCCGUUUUUAGGUUCCAAAAGUGAGUUUCAUUUCGUCCAUACUGGAGUGGCUCAUGCCAGAACAAAAAGAAGUAUAUCUCAUACCAGGCAGCUGCGAGGUCAUCCAGAGGUCAAAUCAGCCCUCCAACAAUCAGGUUACAGAAGAAUCAAGCGAGGUUACAAGGACGUCAAACAGCUCCUGGAGUCUCACAAGUUAGCCGCCCCACUCAAAGCCAAGCCUACAUUACCUAGCAUUAAGGAUGACGUCAGCAAGGUCUCCGAGCCCAAACUAAAGUUGCCCAACGACCCAGAUUUUGCCAAGCAAUGGUACCUGAGAAACACUGGUCAGUCUGGUGGUGUCAAGGGACUAGACCUCAAUGUCAUGGCGGCAUGGGAUAUGGGCUACUCCGGGGCUGGAGUGACCACAGCUAUUAUGGACGAUGGUAUAGAUUACCUUCACGAAGACCUGAAACAUAAUUACCAUGCUGACGCCAGUUAUGAUUUUAGCAGCAAUGAUCCUUAUCCCUAUCCCAGAUAUACAGACACGUGGUUUAACAGUCAUGGCACGAGGUGUGCUGGUGAAGUAGCAGCUGCUAAAGACAAUGGAGUCUGUGGUGUCGGUGUAGCCUUUGGCUCCAAAGUAGCAGGUUUGCGUAUGCUGGACCAACCCUUUAUGACUGACCUAAUUGAGGCCAACGCCAUGGGCCAUAUGCCAAAUGUCAUUGACAUCUACAGCGCAUCUUGGGGUCCAACUGAUGAUGGUAAAACUGUUGACGGGCCGAGGAACCUGACGAUGAGAGCUAUUGUGAAUGGUGUCAAUAAUGGACGCAAUGGUUUGGGCAAUGUCUAUGUUUGGGCUUCUGGUGACGGAGGUCCUAAUGACGAUUGUAACUGCGAUGGCUACGCGGCUAGCAUGUGGACCAUCAGCAUCAACUCGGCCACCAACGACGGCCAGACUGCUGGCUAUGACGAGUCUUGUUCCUCCACCCUGGCCUCCACUUUUAGCAACGGCAAGAGCAACACAAGAGAUGCUGGAGUGGCAACCACUGACCUAUACAACAACUGUACAGCUAGCCACUCAGGGACAUCAGCGGCAGCACCGGAAGCUGCCGGAGUGUUCGCUUUAGCACUGGAGGCCAAUCGUAACUUAACCUGGCGUGAUAUGCAACACCUAACAGUGCUGACCUCCAAGAGAAACAGCCUGUACGACUCCAAUGGCAUCCACCACUGGAAGCUGAACGGUGCCCAUCUCCUGUUCAACCAUUUGUUUGGAUACGGUGUGUUGGACGCUGCCAGCAUGGUGGACCUGGCCAAACAGUGGAAAGGACUUCCAGAAAGGUUUCAUUGCAAAGCAGGAACUGUCACUGCAGAGAAGGAAUUUACGUUUGGCAAACCUCUGCGCAUGACCAUAGAGUCUGACGGAUGUGUUGGCACAGGCGAUGAAGUCAACUACUUAGAGCAUGUUCAAGCCUUUGUCAGCCUCAGGUCAACAUACAGAGGCUGUGUCACCAUGUACCUUACUUCUCCCAUGGGAACAACAUCAAUGAUCCUUAGCCAAAGGCCUAAUGAUGAUGAUGACAAAAAUGGUUUCACCCGCUGGCCCUUCAUGACCACCCACACAUGGGCUGAACUCUCCCAUGGAACAUGGACGCUGGACAUUGUCAUGGAGCCAAUUAUUGGUGUCCAGAGAAGGCCAGAGACUGGUGUCUUUAAAGAAUGGACACUUGUAUUGCAUGGAACAAAGACUGCCCCCUAUGCCAACCAGCCAGUAGAUAAAGACAAACAUGAGAAGCUAUAUUUAGUACGUAGGGCACACGAGAGUGGUGUUGUGGAGGAGUAGUCUCUCUUCAUAAAUCUGUUGCAUUUCAACACUAGCUCCAUAGUGAGGGCAUUUGGUCUGAGAUCUUUCCAUCUUCUUGGGACAAAAGUCUUCUUUUAUUUAUUUCUUCUGGAGUGGACAAUGUAUCUACCAUGAAUAAAUCAAACUGCCAGAUGUACUGUGUUAUUGCUAAGUUGUUUUCAACUAGUAUUAGUCCACUUUUUUUUUCAGGUUUUUUUUUUUUUUGUUUUUAAUUUUUCAGUUUUGUUUUGUUUGUUGUUGUCUUUCACAUGUAUUUUAUUUUUCUAGGUCAGUGCUUGGUUAACAAGAAUU